AUGGUCCACCGCCGACAGACCCGAGCCGUCGAUGGAUUACCGCCGACGGGCGCCAGCAGGAACAGCCGGUCGUCAUCGGGGUCGGAAACCCCGCAGGAGCCACGGGAGUCGUCGCAGAGGUCGCCGCUGGCAAAACGGAAGUCGUCGCGCCCGGGACGGGGGUCGCCUACGCAGGCGAGGGAGUCGCUGCCCGAGAGACGUGAGUCGUCACGCCGGGGACCGCCGUCGUCGCCGCCGGGACGGGAGUCGUCCACGCCGGAGAGGGAGUCGCUGCCCCAGAGACGGGAGUCGUCGCCGCUGGGGCGGGACUCGCUAGCCCCCCGCAACGCAGUCGUCGCCGCCGCCCCCACCACCGGACUCACCUUGGCCCCGGGAGUCGUCGCGCAAAAAACGGGAGUCGUCGCUCAAGAAACGGCAGUCGUCACGCAAAAAACGCCAGUCGUCAGGCUAACUGCGGGGGUCGUCGCAUCCCGGACCACAGUUGUCAACCCCCCCAACCUGGCCGAGCAUGAUCCAAGCCUCUUGGCCCCCGUAGGAGCCGUCAUCCCUGGUGCCGAUUCCGAAACCCAACUUUUCUCCGGAACCCGCGCCACGGUUGCCCCCACCAGCGUCAAACCCAAGGAAACAAUCCGCCCUGUCACCGGACCCCCUGAGAACCAACCACCCCCCCCUGUCAAACCCAAGGCAACGGCACCAGUCAGCCCCAUCACCACUGAAGAUGAAGAAGAAUCUGAUGACAAUCACGCAGAAACCGCUGAAGAUGACGAAACGGUAACCAUUGAAAAAUGCUUAGAGCUACUUGCAAGUCAAGCCGACAAGCACACUGGCGACAACGCUGAGGAGGACAAGCCUGAGUCAGAUCCGGAAGAUAAGACAAAUACAACAACAAAGACCUCAACCAUCCCCCCAACACCAGCGCAAGCACCACAUACCGACAUACCCGCUCCACCUGCGGCCACUUAUUCCGACCCUUUGAUCCUCGAGCACUCCAUCAAAACCUUCGCUCGGGAAAAUGGUUUCGUCAUUGUCAGGAAGAGGACUGUUCCCGGGAAGAGUAUCACUUUCAAAUGUGACAGGGGUGGUAACCCAGCUCGAAACAGACGGAAGAAUGACACACGCCCUGGACCCAUCGUCAGUCGACUGAUCGAUUGCCCAUUCGACGCGAGGGCCCAGAUCCAGAAGAAGGCCGGAGGGGAAUGGAAGUUUACCGUGGCCGAUCCCCGACAUAAUCAUGCACCCAGUGAAGAUCCGUCCGGGCACACCGCCAAUCGAAAACUCUCGAAGGAGCUCUAUGAGCAAAUGAAGAAACUAGGUGACGCGGGUUUAAAACCAGCUCAGGUUCUCCAAUCACUCAAGAAGACACAUCCCGAUCAGUCGAUCUUGGCCACUAUUUCAACUGUGUACUCCGCCAGAAAGAAGGCUUGGGCCGAAGAGUUACGUGGUCUCAGCCCGAUAGUUCAUCUUAUCAAACCUCACGACGGACUUCACCUCAGCAUCCAAGACCCUCCCCCACGUCCAUCUAACCCCCAUCUCCCAAUUCCCCCAUCCGAUCUCGAUUACCUUCAGUACUUACCCAAAAUUAUUCAACCUGAUGUCCGGGAUAUUUUGGAUGUUCGAUCAGAUGGACACUGCGGAUUCCGAGCUGUGGCUUACGCAUUGGGACGCGGGCAGGGCGAUUAUAUGGCGGUUCGAUAUGAAUUGUACAAUGAAAUUGUUCGCCGGCCUGAUUGGUAUCGAAACGUGUUCCACAAACUCCACGGCGCUUUGGAUCGUAUCAAGGUUGAUUCGCCAUCACCUCGUUCAAAGCCUCAUUGGAUGUCCAUGCCUUCGACGGGUGAG